GCCUCUGCACGCACCAUGGCUGGGCUGCUGGUGCUGCUGGGCCCCGCGGGCAGGGCGGGCGCCCGGGUCCGGCCUCGCGCCGCCUGGCUCCUCAGCGCCGCCGCCCCUUGCUCCCCGCCGCCCCUGUUCCUGCCGCUGCUCCGGCCCGGGCCAGACGCCCCGCUGGUGCGCGCUGCCGGCGGGGACGGCCGCGGCCGCCAGGACCCCAGCAGAAUCACUGCAACAGCAGGCAGCGAUGUCAGCAGAGCAGAGGAGAAAAAGCAAAGCAAAUCGCAGCAGCUGAAAAAGGUUUUUCAAGAAUAUGGCGCCGUUGGCGUCUCCCUGCACAUUGGAAUCUCGCUAAUCUCCUUGGGCAUAUUUUACAUGGUUGUUUCAAGUGGUGUGGACAUGUCUGCAGUCCUGCUGCAACUCGGAUUUAAAGAGUCACUGGUCCAGUCAAAAAUGGCGGCGGGCACAGGUACCUUCGUGGUGGCUUAUGCCAUCCACAAGCUGUUUGCGCCAGUGAGGAUCAGUAUUACCUUAGUUUCUGUGCCCUUCGUUGUCAGAUAUUUUCGGAAAGUGGGAUUUUUUAAACCUCCAGCUGCAAAGCCUUGAUGAACUCUUCAAUUGUGGGCCUGAAAACCUAUUUCUUUUAAAUUACACAUUUCAGAUUGGUUUUAGGGUUUUUUUGGGGGGGAGGGCAAGAGCUAAUUGCUAUGUUCUCAUGGAUAAGUUUUACUUUUGCCAGCAUACUUCAAGUUUUUGAAUAACUGUAAUUUUUCUGCUUUAUAAAUUUUGUUAAUGUUUUUCAUCAUAAGGCUUGUAUACAUAAUCAAAACUGUCAGCAAAACAUCACAAAUGAGUUGUCAUGUCAAACAAAAUGUGAGCCUAUGAAAUGUUCCUUUUGGAAGAUCAUUGGUGAGGGUCUGUCUACAAAAGCCCCAGGGGUUAAUCUUUGCUCAAGUUCUUACAGGACAAUGAUUCAUUAAGCUGGUUUUUAAAAUUCCCCUUCCUCCAACAUUUGUCAGGCCGCCUGUGGUUUAAUAUGCAAUAUUCUGCAAAAUAGCUGCCAGUGCUACAGUUAAGCAGAAUUUAAGACUUAACAAUAUGUAAUCAGGAUGUAAAUUAGCAUCAACACUGACAUUCAUUCUACUUGUUUUGGGGAAAGAAAAACGAGUAUUUCUGGUGUGUUUCAUUGAUCCCAAAACACCUUCAAAUCUGGACAUGAUGGGGCCUACCUCAGGUGGUUUUUCUCAAAUUUCAUUAAAGUAGGUCAAGGUCAAGGUCAUCUGUCUGUGUUUAGGUAAAAUAUGGAAACUUUGUCCAGUAGUAAUGGCAUCACUUGGCUCCCGGUGCCCCGUCCUCAGAGGAGUUUGGAUACUGCCAUAUGGAAAGCUAAGACAAUCUUGCUUAACCCUCUGUAUCUCAGACUUCAAACAUUCCAGAAUGACUCUCACAAUGUUUACAUUGUGUUGCUACUUAUAUUUUCCAAUUGAGUUAAAAUUAUGUAAAAAAGAUUUGUGUCACUCUCUAAAAAGGAAAAUUAGUAGCACUUGCUGUAAAUGGGAGGCCACUGUGAAAUAUACAAGCUGGGAGGCAGGCAGGCAGGCGUAAUUACAUUCUACUUUGCCAGUUUUACCAGGAAAAGGGUGUAUGACCUGAGGCCCCCCUCACUCUCCUGUUCAGGACAUUCUUUAAGAAGAGAAAUUCAAGUACACAGACUCAAAUUGAGACUUUGUCCUUGAAGUAGUCAGGAGCAGGCACUGAGGAGUUCCUUCCUGUGAGAUUCAGCAUCACGAAUUGCUGCCCUCCAGGCCCGGCUUACGCAGAGCACCUGCUCCACACUCUGGGAAUCCGGGUCUAACCAAUCUGCCCUGCCACGGUGGUCCAGGGAGUUGUUUUAUCUUUCUGGCUCCCAGUUCUUGUUUUGAUUACAUCUGUGACAAUCAGAAAACUAAAGAAACUAAAAACUGACCUUUUUGGUUUUAUGAUCUAGCUGUUGAUAGUUCCCUGGUAGUCCACAGUAACUCAUAUCAGUUAUUUCAGUUAACUUUUAUAAGAAUCUUUAUGGGACAGUUUCUUCACUUGCAAAAUCUUUAAAGUGAAUCCGUAUUUUUUUUUUCCCUUUUAAAGCAAUUAGCCCAUUGCCAAAAGAUUUUACCAAUUUUAAGUUGAAACUGCCUUUCUGGAUCUAAUUCCAAGGACAUCUACACAGCUGAGCAAGAUGCCUGAUAUAGUGCUAGGUAAUGCCUUGUGUGGACAAGACCAGCAGCUCCAUGUCAUCUCAUCUUUAUUUAAACAGUUGGCUCUUAACCACCUUCUCUAGCAGUGUCCCUACCGUUCAGAUCCCUAGUAAUGCCUAUGCAAAAAAAGCUGACAGUGAUGCCUAUAGGGUUCAGGGCUUCAAUUUUCAACUUUGAUUCUAUGUUUGGAGUAAUUCGAGUGGACUGAAAGGGCAAGCAAUAACAUUAUCAUACCAAAUAGCCAUAGCGUUCUCUUCUUAGCCCCAACUCCACUCCACUCCAGUGACCAGUGGUCAAAUCAGAAAAGAAUAAAUGCAGAGGAUGAGGAAAUCCAAGGAUCAGGGAACUAGAGCAUCAUGUGAAUUCACCAGCAAGAUGUACAAAUUGCUUGUAUUUACAUUGUUUUUAUGGAACUAGGGGAAUAAAACGGAUGAUCUAUUUUAAAAUGUAAGCCAUGGUUCACCUCUAAUUUUUUAUCUGACACAAUGAGCAGCUUAAAUCUCAUAAAACAAAUAAACAUCUUUGUAAAGU